UCACGAGCAGAUGGCUGCAGUGCCAGGGUAUUCAACGGCUGGCGCUCUAGGUGGGUCCCACAGGAGGGAGCGAGGACGGCAGGCGCAGUUACCGGGAGUCGCGGCGCAGAGAAGAACCGUGCUCCAGGGCGGGCGCGGCUAGUCUCUCACCAGCUUGAGGCGCAUCCAGGAUGGCCGCCGAGCGGAAGUGACGUCAAGACGUUGCUGGGAGUCGUCCAAGGGGGUGGUGACGCGUUUCAAGGCAACCAGCCUUUUCUUCAGACCUGUGUAUAUAGGAUUGUAUAAUAAUAG